GAUAGGUACCUUAUGGAUCCGGACGAUGAGAUUAUAGUUAUCAUGAUCUUUUGUUGGUAUUGGGUUUCAUUAGCCUCGAGAAUAAAUGUUGAAAGGAUAAAAGACUUGAAUUCGGCAUUAACCGGUCAUGAAUACACGCAAGAAUUAUUGCAUGGUACUUCUACACAAUGUCAUGAGAUGAUGCGUCUUUCACGUGAUGCAUUUAUACUAUUAUGCAAUCAUUUUAAACAAAAAAAUUGGGUGCAAAGUAGUAGGUCAAUAAGCUUGGAAGAAAAGUUGGCUAUGUUUUUGAUGGUCAUUGGACAUAAUGAACGUUUUCGAAUGGUUAAACGAAGGUUCCAACACUCAACGGAAACAAUUCAUAGAUGUUUUCAUGAGGUCCUAAAGGCAAUGAUGAAUUUCGCAAGAGAAGUUAUAGUUCCAACAUCUUCUUAUGUAAGCGCAAAUAACUCCGAACGACAUAGAAGGCUAAAAGAAAUAUUUCCUGGAGCAAUAGGUGCCUUAGAUGGAACUCUUAUACAUGCGAUCGUGCCUGUUGAUCAACAGACUCGUUACAGGGGAAGAGGAAAAGGUGAAUGCUUUCAAAAUGUAUUAGCAAUUUGUGACUUUGAUAUGAUAUUCACAUUCGUAUGGGCCGGAUGGGAGGGCAUUGCACAUGAUUCACGAGUUUUAAAAGAAGUUGCAUUCAACCCAAAUUCUGGCUUUCCUUUUCCGCCACCAGAUAAGUAUUACCUUUGUGACGCUGCAUACACCAACACUCGUGGAUUUAUGACUCCCUACCGUGGUACGAGGUAUUGGUUAGCCGAUUUUAGACGACAACGUGCGUUAACUAAGGAAGAAAGAUUCAAUCAUGCUCACGCACAACUCAGAAAUGUCAUUGAACGUGCAUAUGGUGUUCUAAAGGCGAGAUUCCCAAUCCUAAAGCAAAUGGCUCCCUUUUCUUUUCCAAUACAAAGAGACAUUGUGAUUGCUUGUUUCGCCGUCCAUAAUUUUAUAAGGAAAUGCAAUAUUUAUGAUCAGUUAUUUAUGGACUAUGAUGAGAACACGAUGUUUCAUGAAAUGCAAAGUGGGGAAAAUGAUGGCCUGCUAGUUCAAGACAUAGAGUGGGGUUCACAAGGUAUUGACUACAUGACUUAUUUACGUCCUCGCAUCGGUAUUGUAAGCAUUUGUAACCCAAGGGGUGGGGCAAGAAAAGGCACGGCUCAUACCAUAGAGAAGCUAGUCAUCGUUGAAAAACAGCUGACCGGAAAGAAAUUCUUCAACGGAGAAACAAUAGGAUUCUUAGAUCUUGUGUUCGGAUGGAUAGCCGUUUAUCUUGAAGUCGUUGAAGAAACAAGUGGUAUAAAACUCUUGGACGAAGAGCGGUUUCCUCUUAUAUCAGCAUGGGAGGAAUGGUUUUCUCACAUCCCCGUAAUUGAAGAGACCUUGCCCGAUAAAGAGAAGCUGAUUAGCAAGUACCAGCAUAUGCGCGCGUAUUUCCUCUCCAAAGCUGCAGCUAAGAAGGGAACGGUUUUAUGA